ACGAGUUCCUGAAUGGCUGAGAAUAGUUCAUUGAAACAUGAGCUCCAGUCCAAGCAUAAACGCCCGCUCUCUCUCAAGAGGCAAAUAGACACAAGUGCCGGUCCUCUUCCCGUGCGUAGACAACCAAUUCACUGCAACCCCCAACAUCGUCACGUACGUCAAGUCGCAUCGCAGAUCAUCGUUAACAGAAAUUAUUAAGCAACCAAAACAAGAAACUAGCAUCAAAGGCAAAAAGCGAAAAAAGCUCCGACCGAUGCUGCGGCAAUUAUGAGAUGUUCCCUCUAAACCGCUAAUGUAAUUGUUUGUUCAACCGUCAUGCCACCAUGCCACCCAAAAAGACAUAGCGAUAUCCACCCCCAAAGGAAAAAGUAGAAAAAAAGGCCGUAGAUCUGUAUGCCAAAGGACUUUGUCCGAGUUUGGGCAUUCGCACGCCUGCAACCAAGUUUUUUCCUACUGCUUUUCUUGUUCUUCUAGUUAGUCAACUUCGUGAGCGCCACCAUCGCCACUGAAGUGAACAAACAGCCAACAAUCAGUUGAUGUGAUGACCUGCAGAACGAGCAGUGGGGACCAGUUCAACGAGAGAGGAAUGCAUAGCCGCUUCCUGGAAUAUACCGGUGGGCAAGCCAAGUUAGUAUAUUGCUUACUGGCUGUAACAUUACGUACAGUACGCAGGCAGAUGAACCAUAACAUUAUGUAUGUUGCAUUGUCGAAUGUGAUAAGAUUCUCGCUGCAUGAUUGUCUUCCGGGCCGAAGAUUAACCAUGCAAUUCCAGAUGCUGAGGUAUCAUUGGAUUACGGAUACAUCUUUGGCCACAUGGCUGAGGUGGUCUUCGGCCACGAUACCCUCCAACCUCCAACCGCCGAUUCUAACCACUCACUCUACGGAACCUUUCCGCUGGGGGGCCCAACCCCAGACUUGGCUGAUUUGUCUGUGCUGAGCUAGCAGACGAGCCGUACUAUGGUUAAACUAUCCGCGAUAGAUCCAAAAGGGAUCUUGACUUCUCUCAUAGAUAGAUACUGUAUCGACCGCAGCGCAAAGGUCAAGAUACCCCUUGAAUUGCAGGGUCACCGAGCCUGUAAAAAUAACUCACAGGGACUUGAACUGGAUCACCAUCCAACGUCCUGGUCAGGAAAACGCCACAGGCCCGCCGUUCGUGGGCAAACUCAAAAUAUCUCAUGUGUGUGGCAGCCCCUGCGUCUUCCCGAGGUCCUUGUACGGACGGAUGUACAGCUCCAAACAAGUACUUGAAUGGUGCUUCGAUUCCAUGACUUGGGAGGACUCCCAUGAUGCAACUAAACUGAAUCAGACUAUGCCUCGCUCCAUCCAAUCUGACAAUCUUUGCGGCCCGGUCGUUGGCUCUGCUCUUCAACAGGCACUACGCAUUACCAUUCAAAUGUUUUUAGCUUACCGACCCCAUGGCACUCAUUAGUCUCAGUGUUUAGCGCAGACACUGUCUGUGACCUUCUCUAAACCAUUUCAAGGCAUUCCUCGCCACAAGGAAGAAUCAAGUCAGCUUCUGGAUCUCUAGAAUGCUAACAUCAAAGCUUCGCCUAUAUUCUUCGGACAAGUACGGGGCUAUCAGUAUCCACCGGUAUCCUCAGAUCGCCAACGAAGCGCCUCCUUACAACGCAAGUUGUUCUGCUUUUCGAUUAGCUACAAGGCUAGCUCAGUGUGGCUCCGGGGACCUCCUGAGCCUCAAUUACGGCAAUAACAAGCAAAUGGGAUUAUCCGUCAGCUCUGAUUAAUAGCUGCUAAUGAGUGCCAACGUACAGUACAGUAGCACGCACUCCAAUUAGUUGGUGAUCCGACCGGGACCCUCACAGCACCGAGACUUCAGGUCUAGUCGCCAAUGAAGAGGUUGCAUGCGUAACCUUUAGAGCUUAUGGUUCGUGACCUCGAAUCUUAGUCGCUCUUCCCGGGACAGGCAAAGGAUGUGACAGCCUCGAGAGCACCGCAGCAUCCGAGGACGCGUCAAGGCGGGCGUUGGCGAGCGCCGAGAGAAUUGCUGCUUGUUAGCUUCACUUUUUUUGCAAGAUCAGCCAUUUGAUCUCGGGCUCCUCAUCUCAUCUAUCCGUAAUUUCAUUUCGUUUCCAGCUCUUGUCAUGCCUGACGCUGCCGCAAACAGCAAAAUCUGGGGAAGUCAGGGAUGGGAUGCUGGAAGAUGGUGUGUGCGCCGUCAACUACAAGGGGCCCUGCCAACUAACGCAACGUCUGGGGGGCCGGCCCCAGAUUCUUCUCCUUCUCCAUGAUCCAUCCGUCCAACCAUCCAGUAUGUAUCAACGGAGAGAGCCUGGGGGGGGAUCCGGGCUUGGCUCCGCUAAACAGAAUUUGGGGUAACUAGAGAGCACGGUGACUGGGGGAAGAGACCACCAGUGAGUACUGUGCGAAAUUGCAGAGCUGAAAUCUCAGAUGACUUGGCCCAAUAGGCGAUGUCUUGGUUCUAAUGGCUCAAUUGUCCGACUGGCGAGUACGGAAAAAGUUGAACAAAAUGGCGUGCAGGGGUUGCGUUGGAACUUGGAGCUAGACCAAGACUCAGGGCGUUGAAGGGAGGUUAAAAACGUGGAAGAAUUGGUCAAUGUGCCUAAUAUUGGGUAGCCUGAGGCUUCGUUGGUCAAUCCCAGAAGCUGGUCUCACGCGCAUAAGCGCGUGGUGUGGCAGACCUUUUUCGUUGUCAAAUUUUUCGAUUCGAUCUCUGAAGCAAGAUGAUGAAAUUGUCUCUUGUCUCUCAGAGAGAUGAUAUCAAUCUCGACACAAAGCGUCAGAACACGACUCAGCCGUCACAAUAGCCGCAUUCCUUGGCUAUUUGGCACUUUGGAAUAGCGUCAUGGUGAUUCAAUUUGGCCCAGUCUUGUACCUUAAACGACCGACAUCGCUCAUUUGGACUCGAGACCUCGAAAUGACAAGCACCCAAUCCCAAUCCCGAAUGGGUUGCAGGAGCCUCUAGCUGUGGGCCACGGCUGCACCUGACCCCCUUAACCCUUGAAUCGAAUGGAGAUAUGCCUCUUUCUGGAGUUAGGAUUCCUCGAUCAAGGCCUGUCCUGUGCGGUCUUGUGUGUGUGGUCUUGUCUGUCUAGGGGGUGAAAUAAGACAUCUGACGCUCCUGACAACAGACUCCCUACCCCCCUAAUAAUAAAAUCUCUCUAUUAAUAACAACUUCUUCAGAUACGAUUUUUAUAUCAUUCUAAGGGGAAUUUUUAAGCAGUUCUUUUUUAAUAUAACUAGAAAUUAAUUAAAUACCCUAAAAAAGGCAA